AUUCUUCUUCAUUUAUUAUUCCCUGUUGAUGAAUCCUGUCACUCUCUGAUGAAUUCAUUUGUAAUUAGUAUUAAUAUUAUUUAUUGUCUGGUUUCCUGUUUUUUCUGGGUUCCUGGGUGUUGUUCCUGAUCCAGCCUCUAGAUGUCUCCAGAUGUCUCAGUUCCUGAACCACAGAAGAAAGACGGCAGGAAACGCGGCAGCAGCGACAGGCUGGCGGAGAAAUACUUGGAAAAACGGCAGGAUCCCGGUGAACCGGCAUGGAGAAGUGCUCGCGGUGAAGCUGCCGGGUCGGGAGAGCCGAACCGGGGAACCGUUCUGUGACAACAUGCAGCAGAUCGUGGAUGACGUCAUCUCGGCUCUGCUGCCGCUGCUGAAGGAGAAACCGUUUGCUCUGUUUGGUCACAGUUUUGGAGCUCUCACCAGCUUUGCUGUUGCAGAAGAUCUGAAGAAAGUUCACAACUUGGAGCCGGUCCACAUGUUCCUGUCUGGAGCUUCAGCUCCACAUUCUGAAACUCGGCUUAAAGGUCCAAAACGAAGCGAGUUGUCGGACGGCGAGUUCCUCCGGUGGCUGGCGUCGGUCGGGGGAACGCCGCCGGAGCUGCUGGCAAAUCCCGACGUUGUGAGGCUCUUCCUGCCGGCCCUGAAGGCCGACCUGCGCGUUGUGGAGAACUACAGGCGUUCAGAACCAGACGCUCCGGUUCUGUCCUGUCCUGUUACGUGUUUCGACGGAAAGGAGGACGUCCCUCAUGACUUACAGGCUUGGAGGAACGUCACGUCUGGAGAUUUCACCGUCAAGAUGUUUGACGGCGCUCACUUCUACCUGAAGGAUGCUGGGAAUGAAAAGAUCCUGCUGGACUUCAUCACAAACACUCUGGAGGCUGCAGAAAUGCAUUUUUUAUGACUAAAGUGGCUAUUGUAUAGUCUGUAAAAAACGUUUCUCAUAAAAUGUCUGCAUGUGAGUUUAUAGAAUAUCACAAGCAAAACACAAAACGUUGGAAAACAAAGAUGUUGAAAAUCAGACGACAUUUUAUGUCCAGUUAAACACUGAACAGGUUUGGUUUACAGGAACUUGGUUUAAAUACAGACAACACAUCAUCAGGAUGUUAAACUCAUUUUCACUUUGUUUCAGGAUCAUCACAGAAUGUAACAAACUUAAAAUAUUAAUGAACAGCUGCAUUCAGUAAUAAAGGAUGGAUCACUCCAUCCAGGAUUUCUGGAAUCUGUUUUUUUGAUCAAAGUCACAGAUUUUCUGGUGGCAAAUCAAAAACAUCUGCAAGGAAUUCUGCAAUAUUUGUGCUUAUGUCUGGGGUUAAUAGACUUUUUAUUAGUCACCGUUUCGAUCGCGAUAUAAACUUGACAUCAAGUUUGCGAGUUCGCAUCACUUAAACCCAAUAUUUUUGUGAAAAAUUUGUAAUAAACCAGAGGUCAGGAGUUAGCAUCAGAGUUCCUGUCUGCCACAGAGAAAACUAUGGCGGGCCAGAUUUGGCCCCCGGGCCCUGAGUUUGAUGCGCAUGUCCUACAUCUUACUCCCAUCAUUCUCCUGAAAAUGUCGGUCGGCCCAUCGAUGUCCUUUAAAGAGGUAUCAUCUAUUUUCCAGACAUGGUGUCAAUGCAGAGCACAAUCAAGUAACUAUGUUAACUUCAGUUGUUAUAGAAAUGCUAUAUCUGACUUAAAAUAAAUCUUACUUCCUGAUUUAA